AGCAACAUGACAUUAACUCAUUUAAACAAGGCUUUUAAAAGUUUUUGAAGUAUAUAUUCUCAUAAAUUAGAAGCAUGCAAUCUGUAGUUACAUUCGAAAAACCUCUACCCCAUCUAAGUCUACCGGAUUGGGAUGCCAGACUCUACGGCUUGCAGGUGACGGCAGACACUAGACGUGCCGAUGCCUUCGACCUUCGACACGGCGCACAUCAACUCCGCAAUGAAACUAGAAUUAAGACAGAAUGGGAUAGCUACCAUAAUAAUAACCGAUUGCGAGCUAGAGUAUAUGAAAUAGAACAAUGGAAAUCAACCCUUCAAGAGCUUUUAGAUCGCUUAGAUAGAGAAAUGAGUGCUCUGAAAGAAGAAAAAGCAUCCACAGAGAGGGAGUUGGAGCAAUUGAAUAUGCCGUUACUCGUUUGCUCCGAAUGUCUAUCAAACAGAGACGGAAGGAGGAGCAGUGAGCUUACUUAUGACCUCGCUGACACUGAAUUAAAAAAGGAACUAUGUGUAACGGAAAGUAAUAAGAAAAUGCUGAUAGAUAGAUGUCAAUCGGCGUGGGAGAAAAUUAAUAAGUUGGAAGUAGUGAAAUUUAAAUUACAACUAGAUCUCAAUGACAAAAAUGAGGCUUUACAGAUCGACAAAGACAUGCUUAGUUUGGAGAAGAACAGCGCCAACAUAACUUACAAAACCGAUUCACUUAAGAAUCCAAAUAGAAUGAUAACAUACGAACAAUGGCUGGAUAAAUGCGAAGCAACAAAGAAGAUGGCGGUCGACGAGCUUCAAGAUACUCUGAGGUUAAGAGAGUCGCUGUUCGUGGCACGUGGUCGGGCAAGGAACGCUCUGCGAGCUCAAACGGACGUUACCAACUACAUGAUGAGAAGACGGAUAUAUGACACCCAGAGAGCCAGAAAUGAACUACAGUGGCAGAAGCUGAAGAUGGAAGAAAACAUGGACAAACUGGCAACAGAACUAAAGACUAUAGGCGAACAGUUCGCAGACAAAGUUAAUGCAUUAAAAGUAGCCGAAACUCGUUUAGAAACGCGUGGUUACCGACCGGGAGUGGAACUUGCUGCAGAUGAGGCGGAUAUCGGCUUAAAAGAAGAAGUACGUAAUCUGAGAGAGACGAUCCGUCAGCUGCAGGAAAAACAGGACUGCGCUAAGGCCACAUACAACGCUCUAGAGGCUGCCUCGAUAAAGAUUGCCAUAGAUCUUAGCGAUAAGGAGCAGUCAUUGGAAACUGACACUCAGGCCCUUGAAAUGAGGGAAGCCUUAGAGCCAAAGAAACCACAGGGCACUGACAAAAAUUUGAUACUCGCUAGCAUACAAGACGAACUGCCGAAAGUUGAGGCAUAAUAUCACAGGUUGUUGAAAUAUUUUGGCAAAAUUUUAUGUACGUCGUGUUUGAUAAAAACUUUUUAUUUUUUCGGUCAUGGACACAAAUUUUAUAUUGCCGUUUUUGUUACCACGAAUUCAUAAAUUAGAUUGAUAUAUAUUGUAUUCUUAUUUCGUAAGAUUUUAUAAGGUUUGGUAUUAGAGGAGUGAGUAAUGAAAUGAUAGUCGAUAGUUUAGAGACUUUUUAAACUUUAUAUAUAGAUUUCAUUUAAAACCUUAACAAUUUAAACAUCCUGAACUGAAAAUAAUGAUAGUCAUAUUCUAUGAAUUCCGUAGAAUAUUUUUUUGUAACCAUGGUAUUUUUACUAGGAAAAUAUUUUGAUAAAUUAUUUAUGACAACAAUAACUAUAGUAAGAGAUAAUCUUACUAAAUAUAAAUAUAUAAAUAUAAAUAUAUGUAUAUAAAUUACAAGCCAAAAGAAAUCCAACCCAAACAUAGGGAUAAAAUCAUUAAGAGUAAAGUUUUAUAUUUAUAAAAUACUUGAUAAUAACAA